CAGCUCCUGUCCUUGCCCCAGCCCAGCCCUGCCAUUGUGUGCUUUUCGGGAAGCCAGAUGAGAGCGCACUCUCAAAAAUUAAACAAUACAAAUGGGCGGAGGGUGGCGCUGCAGCAGCUAGCAGGUUCCUUUCUGAAGCCACUGGAUUCCUGUGGCUGUGAGUGCACAGGUUCUCACACCACAGUCCAAAUGCAGCCAGGGAGUUUGUUUUACACUAGUUUAUAUACUCAAAAGGCAGAGACAAAGGGCUCAGAUCCACCAAUUCCCUCACUCCCCAGUGGCCUGCAACAGCCCAAGAACUCAAUCCGGGUCUCCCACAUGGGUGCCUCCAGGGUGUGCGUUAGGAAGCAGGGACCAGGCAAAGGGCUGGGAGACAAACCCAGACACUCCAACAGGGGAUGUGAUAUCAUAGCCAGGCACUGUUUAAGGCUCUGUGGUGGCAGAUGAGAGCCUGGCAUGUAUACCCGCUCAGUGAGCCAGCUGGGCUACACAGCACCGAAGUCAGGAAGCAGCAUGCCUGCAGAGGGGUCCCCUCCAGCCUCCCACCAUGGGGCCUGUCCACCAACCCUGCCGAGCAUCCACCGGGUGUCCAGGGGGCCAGGGCAUGCGCAGUGCCUGGAAGUGUCCCCCACUUUGUCCUCCCAAGGGGUCAGAGCUUGGCCAUCUCACCUGGAAACCUUUGCAGCUUCCAGUGGGGCAAGGUCUCUCUUGCCCUGAGGGGGGACAAGGACCCCUGAAAGCAUGAUGUGUGUAGCCUGCGCAGCUCCCUGCUGGUGGGGGCCUGACUGCUUUAGGCCCUCCAGCUGGCAGGACGUUGCUGGGGUCACAGGCAGCAGACACGGGGAAGGUGGUGGCUCCAUGGAUGGUGAAUAUAGUGACCCUGGCUGGGGCAUCUCCUGGGUGUCAGAUCCUAGCCACAUGCUACACGUGACCUCACAGGUCAGGGAGAGAGACCCACAGAGACUAGUGAAUCUGGCUUGCGGGAGGCAAGGUCAGGGUCUGAGCUGACAUCAGACCCCACGGACGGUACCCUUCAUGCCUGGGAAACGGCAAAAGAACGGGUUGGCCUCUGGCCUUGGUCACAGCAAAGGAAACCCAGACGUCGGCCUGGAGGAGGCGGUGUCAGGCCUUGCUGCACAGCACAGAGGUGCUGACUCCGGGCCCUGGAACCAUUCCCUUUGUGAGGCGGCCCAGGGAACUGGGCUGGCGGUUCCGGUUCCGUAGUAGAGUCCGGGAGGGAGCGGCAGGGGAGGGAGAUGGUGCUCACCAUGCUGGGAGCACUGUACCCCAGGGCUGGCUUUAGCCUCUUCCUCUUCUACCUCAUCCUGGCAGCUGCGCUGCUGCGCCCCCAGCCUCUGCGGUCUCCGCGAUCUGUCCCCGAGGACUUCUCUGCACCCCUGGAGCUCCCUCAGCCACUCUCGGGCCUGGUGGAUGACUAUGGGAUCCGACCAAAGCACCCCUGGCCUGGGGGGUCUCGGCCCCUGCUCUCCCAGGCCCAGCAGCGCAAGCGCGACGGGCCCGACAUGGCCGAAUACUACGAUGCAGCCCUGUGAUGCGAAUCCCCCAUAAAGCUAUUCUAUGCAACAGUG